AUGAACACUUUCAAAGACACACUACCACUCGCACCUCCGGGAAUUGUACCAGAUAUUCUUUCCAAGAUAGAGGCGCUGUUUCAAAAAACAAACCUUCCUCAUAUCUCAGUGGCCAUGGACGAUACAAAAUAUGGAGUGCGUGCACCUGAAAUCCCAAACGCCCUCACAAAUAUCGUAUACGAAGACCAUCCCAUGCCGGAAGAAAGCAAUUCUUCAAUAGAUGAGAUGGAAGUAUUCAUAAGAUAUGAUUCAGAUAAGGAUCAAGAAAAGGGAUCAAGAUUGAGCAAUCAACAGCAUCGAAUCAAGGGCAAGGGAGUACGAAAGAAGCACACCCGAAGCACAGCAAAACAUGAUUGCUCCAUUCAGAGGAUAGUCGCACGUUUUGAAUACCCUUCAAAGACCAGUCUGGCUCCCCCUCAAUCUACCCCCUGUUCACCAGAUGCGAUCGAGUCGACCGCCAAUGCUCUAGUCAAUAUCUUCUCAGCCUUAACGCAUUCCAUAUACUGCAUCUCUAAAUACCUGGCACACCACCUUCCUUUUCCCUUAUCUCUAGUUCGACACCUGGUAAGCAAUUACCUGAAUGUCGAUACCGAAUACGAAAUGGACACCAGAAUCGAAGUGGAGCCAAAGAAGGUGGUUCGCGUUCUCGCAUUUGCAGCAGGAGAAGAGAAUGGAGAUAUUGGAUGUGUCGAGCCAAUGGAGAUGCAUGCGAGGUACAAACGUGUAAGGGAGAUUAUGAGGGAGAACGGAUGUCGGGUUGAUGAAGAUCUGUAUGGAAGACAGAUUAGGAAGGCGCUGGGAAGGCUGAAGGAAUAA